AUGGCCAAGCCCAAAGAGCUGUCCAAAGACACUAGAGACAAAAUUAUACACCUCCACAAGGCAGGAAAGCGCUACGGGGAAAUUGCCAAGCAGCUUGCUUCAUUCUUUCUUAAAACUGAAUUAUUAUCUCUUCAGAAACAAAAGAUCCACUCACAAAAAAUACAGAUUUUACAUUUGAGGAGAUUCAAAGGAAAAAGAAUAGAGAAAAAUGAUCUGGAAGUGAUAAUUCGUCCCCAUUUAAAGGUUUCCUCUCAUGAGUUUGAGCUCUAUGCCAUAAUAAACCACUACGGCUUAUAUGAUAAUGGACACUUUAAUGUAGACAUCAAAUGUGAAAAUCAACAAUGGUAUCUUUUUGAUGGAACCCACAUGUGUGAGAGUUAUUUGAACAAUCUUUCACAAAGAAAUGAGAACUUCGUGUACAGGUCUUCAAGUGCUUAUAUGCUCUUCUACAGACCCAAUAAACACAAUUCAUGAAUGCAGUCGUGUGAAUCGCUCAUGAAAGAAGAUGAAGGUCUGGACUGUAUGGACAUCAGAUGAAAUCAAGAAGACAUUCACAUAAUGCAUCUCAACAUAUAAUCACAGAUGCUUUACAUUGCAUGCCUUUAAAUAUUAUUUAGUUGACUUUUUUUUACAAAUUAUCUUAAAAACAUAAUAUCUGCGUAUUAAAUAAAAACAUUCAUACAUUGUUUUUAAUGUUUAAUAUUGAUAACAAAUGUAGCUGAUAGCAGUUGCAUAGACUAAUCACUUUUCAUAAAAUACACAUUAUAAUCAACAUUAUAGAUCAAAUAUCUUGAAUGUCAUUGAGUUUUCAAAUGAUUAUUUGGUUGUUAGGGAUAAUUUAGUAAAUGAACACAUACAUGUUAUCAGUUGGUGGUAUUUAUCUGCACAUUGAGACUGUAAUACU